AUGAAAUCUUGUAGAUUGUGUUCCAUAGAAUUAAAAAGUCAACUUGAUUUCAAUGUUAUUAAUGGCUCUGGAGAAUUUCGGCCAAUUGAUGCUAUAUGUCAACUGUCUUUUUCAAUCGUAAAUACAUCACUGUACGUGUGCCGAACGUGUAAAGCUAAGUUGAAAUCAUAUGUUCAGAGCAAGGCGAAAACACGCAAAAUUGAAGACGAACUUAAAGGUAUCUGUGAUAAAUCUGGUACAGCUAUUUCAACAACGUCAAAUACGAACGAAAAAUCUAAUUCGUUGGGAAAACAUUUGCAAUUUAAAGAAUCGGACAGCAAAGAAUGUCAGACCAAUUUGUCAUUUCCACAUGAUGCCAACAAUUCCAGCGAUACAGUCGCGUACGUACAUGUUUGCUGGCCGAGUGGUGAUCGAAGCAGGAAACUUCCCCCAGAUCUUACAAAAAUAGCUAUAUCUACCUUCUUCGUACACAAAACAAAAAUAUUGCAAAAUUUGCAUUGAAACAUCCCCUGUUAAGAGCUGCGAUUCUACCAUUAAUUGAGAAAGAGGUACAUAAAGAGUGCCACGAGAUGUGUCGAGAAUCCAUUAAGGUUCCAGCUGAUGGUCAAAAUAAUGCCCAGACUAAACCAAAAAGUAGAAGGGACCUUUUUCAAUCAUCACAAAAGAGAAAGGCUGAUAAUCAGAAUGUAGUUGCUGGUAAUAUAAAGAAAUUUGUAAAAAGGGAUGUCCGUAGUAUAUUAAAAAGGACAAGCAAGGAGGACAUUAUGAAUUUCACAUUUGAAAAGGCAAAUGAGGAGUUGCAAGAGCGUUGCCCACUAUUUUGGAGGAUUUUAAAGGCUGCUUCAAGACCGCACAACAUGAUGGACAAAGUAAACAGUGAUGUUUAUCUGUCCACCUCCAUUGUUACUGCUGCUUCUGUCUGUCUAAAAAACCGAUCGCAGAGAAUGACAACUGUUCAAUUGUUGAUAUCUUUGAUAAUCAACCAUUCUUCAUAUACGGUAAGAAUCUGUGUAUUCAAUCGUGAAGCUUUCUAUUAGGUAAUGCACCUAUCAAUGUUAAGCCCUCAGGGGAGGGGGGGGGGAGGGAUUUGACAGCUCUUAUGUUCCCAUUGGUUGGGAAUUUGACAAUAAUAACCCUCCCCUGCAUGGGAGAGAAUAUUUGAUGCUUUCUGCACAAGGGGUUGGUAAAUACCAAGCAAAUAGCAGGAAGUUGAUUUGCCUUUUUUUCAAAAUUGCAUUGUGUUUCAAUCAUCUAUAAAGUUCCUCUUCCAGGUGAAAGUGCAUUAUGCAUGCCCUCCCAAUAAUCAUUAGCACUGUAUUAAAAUGGAAGUUGGAUGGUUACAGUAUGUGACAUGCCAUUAAUUGAAUUUUUCUUUCAAUAGUCUACAUUGGUUCGUUUAAAAACAAUGAGGUUGGCAGUUUCAUACACCUACUUUAACAAGAAGUUAGAUGAAUUUGGCGAAAGCCAUGACGAAGCUAUUAAUCAGAUGUUAGAAGUUGAAAGGAAAGUGUUGCAGAAGAAAAUUCCUGCGCAACAACCUACAUCAGUAAACCAGCAAAACCCUGAAGCUGCAUGA